GUAAAUUUAACAAUGUUUCAUCGGUUUCGAUUAAAUAGCAACGAAGGAAACAAAAUUGAUCGUGUUAGAUUUAUUUAUUCACCAUAACAGAACCGCUACAUUUCGUCUUCAUCAACGUCUUUGAAUUUCUGCAUUCCAUUUAGAUAUAUUUGUUUGAGACCUUCCGGUAUCUUUUGAAAAAUGAACCAACACAAUCAAGGAUUGGGCGUUCAAUCAAGUGUUCCAAUGAAAAGAAAACGUGGCCGGCCACGAAAAGAAGAUAAUGUAGUUCAUGGAGUGCAAAAACCUGAGAAUGUAUUGAACUUCAAUCAAACCGCUGGAACAACUAAUAAUUCCGAUAGUGGUAUGUUAGGGAAGACGGUCACCGGUGUCAUUGAAGCAACUUUCAAUGAUGGAUACCUUGUUAAUGUUAAGGCGACAGAUUCUGAUUCUUUUUUGAGAGGCGUCGUGUUUCUUCCCGGACAAGUUAUGCCAGUUACUGCAGAAAAUGAUGUGGCUCCCCAUGUCCAAAUGAUCAACAGGACAGAGUUUCCGAUUCCAAUGCCAAACUCUCAAACAAAUGAGGUACAAGUUAUGCCUGAUACUGAAGAAAAUGUUGUGGUUCCGCAUGUCAGCCAAAUGAUCAAGCAGAUGUUUGCAAUUCCAAAGCCAAACUCUCAAACCCAUGUGGUUCAAGUUAUGCCAGUUACUGCAGAAAAUGAUGUGGCUCCCCAUGUCAACCAAGUGAUCAACACGAAAGAGUUUCCAAUUCCAAUGCCAAACUCUCAAACCAAUGCGGUACAAGUUAUGCCAGAUACCGAAGAAAAUGAUGUGGUUCCCCAUUUCAGCCAAAUGAUCAAGCAGAUGUUUGCAAUUCCAAAGCCAAACUUUCAAACCAAUGAGGUACAUGGUUCUCUUCCCCCAUUACAAUCAAUCAAGCCACAAAUACCGGUGCCUUUGCCUGGAGAGAACGUGCUACCGACAGAGGUUCACUCCAGUAUCUCAGUUCCACCAGGGAUAUCAGAUGCUGAGCAUGUGAAUCAGUCUUCCUGUCUCAAUUCAAAGAUGGACUGUGAUAAAACUGCUGAACAAAGUGAUAAAUUGCACGAACUCGAUGCUUCCACUCAGGUAGAAGAAUCUGGUGCAGCAAAAGAGUCAAGGCCUGCAUCUGAAACCAUGAACCUGUUUCCAACAAUUGAAAACACUGAUAAGCAGCUCAGAAAUGAACAAGUAUUUCCUUCUGUGAAUCAGCUGAAUGAGUUGGUUCAUGAUGAUCCAAAUAAUUCAAAUAUUGAACUCAACUUGGUUAUUGUAUCUGCUGAACCUGAAUCUAUGCCAUCUGAACAGAUUAGUAAACCUGUUGAAAACUUUGUGGAGAAGCAGAACUUAGCAGAAACAAAUGUACAAGAAGAUUCAAAUACAACUCUUGUUUCUAUUGAUACUUUGAGCAAUGUUUAUAAUACCCCAAACUCAAAUGGAAAUCCAAGUACUGGCAUUGCUAAUAUUCUGGAAAUGGUACCGAAUCAAGCAGUUGAGACUAAACAACCUGAAUCCAUGCAAUCUGAACAGGUUGGUCAGUCUGAUCCUUAUGGUAACAAGCUUUCAUCUGAAGGAUGCAAGUUCAUGGACAAGAUUGAUCCUCAAAACUGUAGCUCUCUUGGUGAUGUUAAUAGGGUGGAUUUCAAUCAUCCGACUGAAUCUUUAGUUGAUGCUGGGCCUUCUGACAACCAGAUUGGAGCAGGCACCUUAUAAUUUUGAUUGCAACAAAUUGGAGUUGUAGGAUGAAGAUCAAACAAUUUACAUUUCAACCUCAUCACGGAGUUGGAAUCUGAUCCGAACUUUAUAUGUUGGCUCCAAUUUUACAGACUAUAGUGACUGCACUUAUUUUACUGUAGCAAAUCCAUUUCCAAAAUAAACAAGUAUAGAGGGUAUUUUUGUUUGGUGACCAUAUUAUCGGUGCAAAGUAUACACCUGCUUUGCAAAUUACUAAUCUCCUCCGAAAGGCCUGGAUGUCCACCUUAAGUGAGGUCUCCCCUUCCAACCACCACGUCUCGAAAAUGAGAUUUUGCUUAAAGGAUCCGAGUCCAGUUCCACCAAAACGAAUUUAAUGUUGGUAGUCUAGUAGUCGUUAGACUUGACAUGUUAUUGGAAUUGAGUAUUUUUCUUUUUGGAAUGGUUAUUAGAAUUGAGUUGACAUUAGUAGUUAUAGUUUCCGGUUUUCUAAAUUUUCUCUUUUAAUAACAUGGUAGUUUGCUCUACAUUUUGUCGUUUGAGUUAUUGAAUUAAAGGAGUUUUCUCUUCAA